AUGCAUUGCUACUCCAGAUGCACUUAUUUAGUACUUGACGAAGCUGAUCGUAUGCUGGAUAUGGGAUUUGAACCACAAAUACGAAAAAUAAUUGAGCAGAUACGUCCUGACAGGCAAGUGCUGAUGUGGUCAGCAACAUGGCCUAAAGAAGUGCGCGCACUAGCAGAGGACUUUUUAACCGAUUAUGUUUAUCUUAAUAUCGGUUCUUUGACUUUAUCGGCUAAUCACAACAUCACUCAAAUCAUUGAUGUUUGCCAUGAAUAUGAGAAAGAUUCGAAGCUAUACAGACUGCUUCAAGAGAUCGGGACUGAGAAAGAGAACAAAACUAUUAUAUUUGUGGAAACCAAGCGUAAAGUAGAUGAUAUUACGCGAAACAUAAGACGCGAUGGAUGGCAAGCCGUGAGUAUUCACGGUGACAAGAAUCAGCAAGAAAGAGAUCACGUAUUACAAGAGUUUCGCAGUGGAAGAGCGCCGAUUUUAGUUGCAACUGACGUAGCCGCCAGGGGGUUAGAUGUAGAUGAUGUGAAAUACGUUAUAAAUUUUGAUUAUCCAUCCUCAUCGGAAGACUACAUACAUAGAAUCGGUCGAACUGGGCGCAAGCGACAGACCGGAACGGCAUAUGCAUUCUUUACGACCCAUAAUAUGAAGCACGCUGGAGAAUUGAUAGAGGUAUUGAGGGAAGCUGGGCAAAAUAUUAAUCCACGUCUCAGUGAAAUGGCAGAGAUGGCAAAAACGGGAAAUUUUGGCAACAGAAAUGGAAAACGGUUUGCCGAACGAUUUUCUUCUGGUACUAAUAACGCGGAACGGGGUAACAGCCGAAGAAUCAAUAAUGACGGCAAAGGAAGAGGAGGCAAUUCCGCAAGAGGAAGAGGCCCUACUCACAGCGGAAAUACUUUUCAUUCUUUCUCUAACGUUUAUUCGGGAUCGGAUUACAAUAAUUACAGUAAUGCAAAACAAAAUACUUCUUUGAGCCAAAGUACGACGUACGGAUAUAGUACGCAGAGAAAUUACGGACAGGGUAAUAUGCCACAGAAUUAUGGAGGUGGCGAUAAUUAUGGAAGUGGUUAUUCAUAUAGAAGCACAACUUAUUAA